UUAUCCCUUCUAGAGUGAGAGAGAGGAAGAGAUAAUGAGGUCGGCAAAGUACGCUUCGGCUUUGGUGUGUGCUAUGGCCUUGGCCAUGGCCUGCACCACCCUCGCGCAGAACUCCCCUCAAGACUUCGUGGACGCCCACAACUCGGCCCGGGCGGCCGUCGGCGUUGGCCCCGUGUCGUGGGACGACAAAGUCGCCGCGUACGCGCAGAACUACGCUAACCAGCGCAUCGGCGACUGCCAGCUCGUGCACUCUGGCGGGCCUUACGGGGAGAACCUCUUCUGGGGCUCCGGCGCCAACUUCACCGCAGCUGACGCCGUCAACAGCUGGGUCGGUGAGAAGCAGUACUACGACUACGACAGCAACUCGUGCGCUGACGGCCAGGUCUGCGGCCACUACACGCAGGUGGUGUGGCAGGACUCGACGGCCAUCGGCUGUGCUCGGGUGCAGUGCGACGGCGGCGCCAUCUUCAUCAUAUGUAACUACAACCCACCGGGCAACAUUAUGGGGGUGCGCCCUACUAGGAAAAAAUAUGUUAUAGUGAAAUAUUCUUUUUCCCUCUUUAUGUAUCAAAAUGGAUUCCUCAUAAAAAUAACAACUUAAUAUAAAAAUAUAUAUUAA